CGCACCUCCCUGGCGCGCGCCCGUCCGCCAGCCCGCUCGCCCCCGGCUCCUCCUCCUCUUCUCGCCAUUGCAGUUGGACUCAGCAGCCCGGCGCGUACCGCGUGGCUUUUGGAGGGAGACCCCGGUGGGCUUUGGCAGGAGGGAGGAGGUGGCGGCGGCUGGUGUCGGGGAAGGGGACGCCGAGAAGAUAGUUGAAGUAUUGAUAACACCAAGGAAAUCUGUCACAGUUUGAAAAGUUAAGGAAAAGUUUGAUUUCCAGACACUACAGAGAAAAGUGAAAAUGGCAUUGUACCAUCACCACUUCACCACGAGAGGAAGAAGGCGUCCAAUGCGGAUUUUUGUGAAUGAUGAUCGCCACGUGAUGGCGAAGCAUUCUUCGGUGUAUCCCACACAAGAGGAGCUGGAAGCAGUGCAGAACAUGGUGUCCCACACAGAGCGGGCUCUCAAAGCUGUGUCCGACUGGAUUGAUGAGCAGGAGAAGGGCAGCAGUGAGCAGGCCGAGUCCGACAACAUGGAUGUGCCUGCAGAUGAUGAAAGCAAGGAAGGGGCCGGGGAACAGAAGGCGGAACACAUGACCAGGACCCUGCGGGGCGUGAUGCGGGUUGGCCUGGUGGCAAAGGGCCUUCUUCUCAAGGGGGACUUGGAUCUAGAGCUGGUGCUGCUAUGUAAGGAGAAGCCCACAACUGCCCUUCUGGACAAGGUGGCUGACAACCUGGCCAUCCAGCUUGCUGCUGUAACAGAAGACAAGUAUGAAAUACUCCAGUCUGUGGAUGAUGCUGCAAUUGUGAUUAAAAACACAAAAGAGCCCCCGCUGUCCCUGACUAUUCACCUGACAUCCCCUGUGGUCAGAGAAGAGAUGGAGAAGGUGCUAGCUGGAGAAACGCUAUCAGUCAACGACCCCCCGGACGUUCUGGACAGGCAGAAAUGCCUUGCUGCCUUGGCGUCCCUCCGACACGCCAAGUGGUUUCAGGCCAGGGCCAAUGGGCUGAAGUCCUGUGUCAUUGUGAUCCGAGUCCUGAGGGACCUAUGCACGCGCGUGCCCACCUGGGGUCCUCUCAGAGGAUGGCCCCUGGAGCUCCUGUGUGAAAAGUCCAUCGGCACGGCCAAUAGGCCGAUGGGUGCCGGCGAGGCCCUGCGGAGAGUGUUGGAAUGCCUGGCGUCUGGCAUCGUGAUGCCAGAUGGUUCUGGCAUUUAUGACCCUUGUGAAAAAGAAGCCACUGAUGCUAUUGGGCAUCUAGACAGACAGCAACGGGAAGAUAUCACACAGAGUGCGCAGCAUGCACUGCGGCUUGCUGCCUUUGGCCAGCUCCACAAAGUCUUAGGCAUGGACCCUCUGCCUUCCAAGAUGCCCAAGAAACCAAAGAAUGAGAACCCAGUGGACUACACCGUUCAGAUCCCCCCCAGCACCACUUAUGCCAUUACACCUAUGAAACGCCCGAUGGAGGAGGAUGGGGAGGAGAAGUCCCCCAGCAAGAAGAAGAAGAAGAUUCAGAAGAAAGAGGAGAAGGCUGAGCCUCCUCAAGCCAUGAAUGCACUGAUGCGGCUGAACCAGCUGAAGCCGGGGCUGCAGUACAAGCUGGUGUCCCAGACAGGCCCCGUGCACGCCCCCAUCUUCACUAUGUCCGUGGAGGUGGACGGCAGUUCGUUCGAGGCCUCGGGGCCCUCCAAGAAGACCGCUAAGCUGCACGUGGCUGUGAAGGUGUUACAGGACAUGGGCUUGCCGACAGGUGCCGAAGGCAGGGACUCCAGCAAGGGGGAGGACUCUGCUGAGGAGACCGAGGCGAAGCCACCUGUGGUGGCCCCGCCCCCAGUGGUGGAGGCCGCGUCCACCCCCAGCGCCGCCUUUCCCUCCGAUGCCACCACUGAGAACGUAAAACAGCAGGGGCCGAUCCUGACCAAGCAUGGCAAGAACCCAGUUAUGGAACUGAACGAGAAGAGGCGCGGGCUGAAGUACGAGCUCAUCUCCGAGACUGGAGGCAGCCACGACAAGCGCUUCGUCAUGGAGGUCGAAGUGGAUGGACAAAAGUUUCAAGGUGCUGGCUCGAAUAAGAAAGUAGCAAAGGCAUAUGCUGCGCUUGCCGCACUUGAAAAACUGUUUCCUGAUACCCCCCUUACCCUCGAUGCCAACAAGAAGAAGAGGACCCCGGUUCCUGUCCGCGGUGGACCAAAAUUUGCUGCCAAGCCACACAACCCGGGCUUUGGGAUGGGCGGCCCCAUGCACAAUGAGGUACCCCCGCCCCCCAACCUCCGGGGACGAGGCCGAGGUGGCAGCAUCCGCGGGCGAGGCCGAGGUCGAGGAUUUGGCGGUGCCAACCAUGGAGGCUACAUGAACGCUGGCGCGGGGUAUGGAAGUUACGGGUACGGCGGCAACUCGGCGACAGCAGGCUACAGUGACUUUUUCACAGACUGCUACGGCUAUCAUGAUUUUGGGUCUUCCUAGAGCGUCUAAAAGUAUUGCACACAAAAUCAACUUUUUACUCCAAUUUCCUCCAACUCCAAAACCCAAAGUGUCCGUGCUGUGUCCCUGUGCUUCACUGGGUUUCUCAACCGUGGCUUUCCACCGCAGCUUGUCUGAAACUCUUAGCCUGCAGAAUUUAAGACAAUGGCAGUUUUUAUCGUGAUUUGCCUUUGAACUUGGUCAUAUUGAAGUUCACACUAAGUGGAAAACAAUUUUCUCAGAGAAUGUAUUUUUUGUGCAGAAUUGCACAGAAUUCUAGAGCCAGCGUUGUUCAGCAUCAAGGCAAAAGCCCACCUUUGCUUUUUAUGGAAAGCAUUACUUUAUUUAAAGAGACAGUUAAUGACGCAUUUUAAUCUACCUUUGUCUUAAUUUACAGCAGGUUUUGUAUGAAUUUUUAACCUUUUAACAAACUCCCAAAUCUGGUUGAUGCCUUUGACAGUGAUGAAAAUUUCACCACACCUGAAUCCAGAGCAACCGACUUUAUUUUUAAUUAAACGAGCAUGUAAAACUUUGGGACUGUGGGGACUGUACACCGUGCCGAGUUACCUCCUCCCGCCUGUGUAAUGCUCUGGUGGGUUCUCGUCUGGGGAGCGGUAUUAGUGGCUGGUUUAGCUAGAGAGUGAACUCUCAAAGGUAUCAAAACUGCUUCCAUUACCUGUGCAAGAAGCAGACAGGCUUUAAAGGGUAAAAAACACAAAAUUUUGCAAGUCAGGAUCACAGCUGUAAGUACACGGAAUCUGCAUUUCUUUAAACUGGGGCUUUACACCUAUUCACGCAGGAGGAGCCUGACCUGGGGCUGUGGGCGAAGCGUGGGCUGCUGCCCUGGCCCUGCAGGCCCCAGCUCCCUGGAUGCUGCCCCUGCCGGCCUGCGAGGGUGCCAGCCUGGCGGCUCCUCGCUGAGCCCCUCCUGAUCCUUGGAUGGUGGGGUUUUGCUUCCACUCUGCACUUGUUUUCACAGCAGAGCCCACCUCUGUGUUGACUUGCAAGAUUUUGCAGUUUGUUCAGGCAAAAACUGGUCAAAACGGUUACUGUAUGAUUUGUUCCCCAAGGUUUGAAACAUUCAGUGAAACUUUUAAAACUGAUUGCAUGAUGUUUUUUUGUUUUGUUUUGUUUUUUUAGAAAGUUAUUGUUUGAGAAUAAUGUCUUUUUAUACCAGGAAAUAGUUAUCCUGAAUGACGUUGAAAACUCCCCCUCCUCUUUAUUUUUUUUUAAUCAAUACAUGUUAAAGUAACAA